AUGCAAACUACCCUAAUCACUAUUUCUGGGAAGUUAGCCUCAGAGCUACGUUGGCCAGCCGAUAUCUUAGAGGCCAAUCUAGAUUUACUCAAACGUACUUUGGAUCCGGCGAAAAAGCGUCGGCCUAAUACAGCACACAUCGUAUCGCGUAUGCGACGUGAUGCAGAAAGGUUCAUGCGACUCCCAAAGGCGAGGUUAGGUGCUUGUGAGCACUUUCGAUACGUUUUUAUGCCAGUAAUUCCCUUCGACUCUAUGCUAGAGGGAAUUUUAGAUUUAAUGAAAACCAAGGGCUUACUUGAUGGGGACAAGGUCACUAAAUAUGGUUUUCCCGCUUUAGUAACAGAUUUAGCCGAAACUGUUAUCCGCGGGAUUCCUUAUUUCUAUAGUUCCGAUGUUGAACUAUGCAGUUUGUAUACUGGAUUUAAGAAUGAGUGUGAGAAGAUUCAACGAGCUGGAAACACGCCCUGGGCUAAACGACGAUUUUUUUUCGGCUGUUACUGA